UGACAAUAUGAAAACCUUGUUCUCCUAUCCAUCGUUUCCGGCCUCGCCAACGGCUGGAGGGGCCAUCGCCAUUACAUGGGGCCUACCAGGUUCAGACGAUGAAACAAUGCUAAGGCUCGAACGUGGCGGUGGAUGCUUUGAAGAGUCUCUUAUAAUUUUUGGGUUAAUAUCGGUUCAAGUUAUUAAUGCCAUUUAUAUGGUUAUGUUGACUCCAAUUCUUGCAAGCGGAGUCAGGCCUCUAUUUCUCAUUAUUUUUGCUUGCUCGGCCACUAGCAUUUUCGCGUUGCCCUUUGCCAUUGCAUUUGAAAGAAAGAAAUGGCCGUCAAGAUUUGCCCCCAAAUUGAUAGCUCAAAUUUUAUUGAUAUCACUCCUUGGGGUGACCACAUUUCAAACUCUUAUGAUGAUGGGAAUAGAGAGAACAACUCCAGCCAUUGCAUCUGCGAUGCCUAAUAUUGCGCCAGGAAUCAUAUUUAUUAUCUCAGCUUGCCUCAGGUUUGAGAAAACUGAUAUGAAGUGUAAAUACACUAGAGCUAAGGUUUUGGGAACUGUAAUAUGCUUAAGCGGAGCCAUGGUAAUGAGCAUUUUACAGACUCGAAAACACCCAUUAAAGACUCAAUAUCAAGGACCCCUUGUCUCCAUUGAACUUCUGCAAGACAAAGUCGAGAAAAACUGGAUAAUUGGUUGUUUUUAUCUCCUCGGAGCAGUUCUUGUGGUAUCGUGUAGCACUGUACUGCAGGCUGUUACAAUGAUCCAUUUUCCAGCACCGUUAUCCUUGUGCUCCAUUACCUCAUUAUUGGGUACGAUUUUUACUGUAUGCAUACAAAUCGUCACGGAAGGAAAGGUGAAUUCUGGCACUACUAUAAGCAACCUGCGAAGAAUAAUUAUCUUUAUGCUACUGGGUGGAAUGGUGAUUGCCAUGUGUGUUUCAUUUCAGACAUGGGCGGUUAAGAAGAAGGGACCAGUUCUUGUGUCAAUGUUCAGUCCAAUUCAAACUGUUUUUUCAGCAAUUCUUUCAGCAAUUAUAUUAGACCAAGAUAUCAAGAUAAUAAGGUAUUAUGAAAAACAAAGGGAAUAAUUUAUCAUUCCUAGUACAACCUUAUUUUAUGCCAUACAAAUAGAAACUCAAAUUGUUAGCCGUCGCAUCCAGCAGCCAAAUUAGGCUGAAACUAAAAGAUUUUUGUUAGGAAAAUGUUCAGCCAAUUUUCUUUUAGUGAAAUAGUUAAGAAAAUAUUUCACUGUAUGUUUAUUCU